AUGAUACGGUGCGACUAUCCGGCGUGAUUUGUCAAUCCCGCGAAGGAAGGAACAAAAACAAACAAUAUGAAAUCAAAGAAGAAAGAAAAAGAAAAAGCGACUGUUAAAGUAGAGGAGAAUGUUGAAGCGGAUUUGGAAAAAUUUAUUCAAGCAUUUGAAAAACCAACAAGAAUAUACAGAUAUCUGCGAACAAGACAUCUUGUUUCGCCAAUUUUUCUCCAGAGGAACUUAACCUAUAUGAAACACAGAAGGUCUGUGAACAACUUGAAGAGGAGAUCAUUCAAAGUUGACAGUUUACAGACCAACAAGAAAGAUAUAAAAAAUGACAAGCAUUCUUCAAAUUUUAGUUCUGUUGUGAAGUACCUGAAGUUGGAGUUAACUGGCGUUUAUAACAGCCAGUUUUCUCCAGAUGUACAUGAAGCAGCUAUAGAUAUCACACUGAAUAAAGUACAGCAUGGUCGUAAGGGAGAUAGUCAGCAAGGGUUUAAGCAGAUCAAUGUUGGGAAAGCAAAAGUACCAGUCAAUCCAAAUUGGAACAACUCUAGUCUAGAUGGUACCCAGUCUGACAGUGAAAAUUACAGUCCAUGUCAGGAAACAGUCAUAUGUAAGGAUGGAUUCAGCUUCAAGCCAAAAGAUGGAUUCCACAGUUGUAUUUUAAACUUGAAUGUUACCUGUCUUCUCAAACCUAGUCUUUCAAAUGGAGUCACAAAUGGAGAUGUUUCAGAGCAUGAUGAGCCACAACCAAAGAAGAGACGCAGUGUAUUAAAUGGGCGAAGCAUUAGUGUGGAGGAAGAGUCAGUUACAUACAGUGCAGAGCUUACUCUAUAUGGUAAACAAUACCAAGGAGUACUUAAAUCAGGAAUGUAUGAUCUCGUGCUGCAAGACUCGGCAUCAAAAUUCUCAACUAGAGAUAGUAGAUGGGACAGUUCUGUUGGAAAACGGUCCAUAGAUCUUCUUGAUGAGUUUGGUUCCAGUCCUACUUUGAAGUUAUAUUUGUGUUGGACAGAUGAUCCUGAGGGGAACCAGCAAUGUAAAAUUCCACCUUGUGAGUUUGUGAAAAAUAAUCGGAUAACAAAAUACAGCAAUUUCUCAGGGUAUGACUCAGAAACAUCACCUCAAAAGAUAAAGGAAGAAGCUCAGUCAACGCCCCAGAAAAAGAUGCAAGUGACAUAUAUGUUCUUGUAUAAUGACAUCACACGUCAGCAGACAGACACCCGGGACAAUAUGAGGUGUCCAUGGUGUACAGUGAACUGUGAAAAAUUAUACAGUCUCUUAAAGCAUCUACGACUGUGUCAUGCUAGAUUUAAUAUAUUAUAUGUGCCUAUGCCGAAGGGAGCUCGUGUAGAUGUAACUAUAAAUGACUGUUAUGAUGGGGCAUAUGGAGGUAAUCCUCAGGAUCUGAACUCGCAUAUCGGCUUUGCAUUUCACAGAUUGGGACCAGUGAGGCGUACAUCUAUCACUCAUGUCAUGGUCUACAGACCUAAGAGACAGCCACAUUCAUUGUUAGAAUUUUGUGAGCCAGAAAAGGAAAAUCAGGUUUCUAAACAAAUUAUUCAGGGACAUAAUAGAUUGUAUUACCGGACCAACACCUGCUUACCUCUACAACCACAGGAGGUUAAUCAAGACAGUGAGGAUGAAGUUACACCUAAUUGGCUGUGCCAAAAAUCAGUCAAUUUGAUAGAUGAGUUUACAGAUGUAAAUGAAGGGGAGAAAGAACUCAUGAAAAUGUGGAAUCUGCAUUGUAUGAAAUACGCAUACAUUGCUGACUGUCAGAUGCCACAAGCUUCACAGAGUUUUGUUGAGGAACAUGGUUGCGAGUUGAUUGAAAAAGGAAUCGUGAAAAACUACCUGAUACAUCUUGUGAAUAUGUUUGACUUUGGUCUAGUAACCCCGGAUAUAGUACAGCGCACAAUGUGGCAGCUUUACACUGUCAGGGAUGACCUGGAAAUGUCUGGGCAGAUUACCUCAGCAAGUUAAUUUGUGUGAAAACGAUUCUUUGUCUGAAGUAACUUGACCUAGUUUAAUUUAAUUUUAAGGAUUUUGUUCCAGUUUUUGUUAAAAAUCAUGUAAGUGCAUGGAACAAAUUCGCAAACAAGGACAACAUGACUGAUUUUGUGGGAAUCAAAACAUAUCUUAUUCAGCAGUGUAACAUUCAUGUUUUCAUAUCUAUAAGUAAGUUGAAUACCUUGUUUGCCCAAUUCUCAUAGAGGUUCUUUCCUUCAUGUUGAUUCACAUUGCUCGGCUAUGAAGUUAACGUAAUAAAUCUGUGGCAUACAUCAGGUAUUUGAAGCAUAAGCAACCUUACCCUUAGUUUAAAUCUCAAAGCAGGAUGCUCUGAGUUCUCAUCUUGGACAGAGAUGAGACCGACCAAGGUAAUUGUGCGGUUGAUAAUGGUUGCCAUGCAUCAUUAAACCUUACAUGAUCUGUCUGUUUUUCUGUAACAUAAAUUAAUCUACAUUUUUAGUAUUUUAUGCUUUAAAAGCAUUAUUUUUAUUUGAAUAUUGUAUAUGUACCACAAUGACUUAAUGUUAGAUAUGCCUGAUAAUGAGGUUUUGACUGUCAGUCAGUGUUUAACCAUGUUCAAGUGGUUGCUGACCUUUAAUGUAUUUAUGUGCAAUAAAACAUAGGGGCAACAUUCAUAGUGUACCAAAAUUUAUACCCUUUUAAUUCCUGUAGAAACCAUAUACUAAGUAUCUUACAUUUAAUUGACAGGCUAAAACAGAUACAUUAUUUCUUACCUUGAAGAUGUAGGUACACAAUUGUUACGGUUUUGCUUAUCUGUCCUACAUAUGCCAUGUUAGAAUAACUCCCAAAACUUUCCUUAAAAUGAUAUGUUCAACUUUCCUUUUUGAAUGUUAAUCAUUUUAAUCUGGUACAAUGUAAGAUAAUUAUAGCUUGAUAGUCAGAUUCUUGAUUGAAUGAUUUGUGAUGUGUUUCUGUGACUUCAUGUAAAGUGGUACAGUAACUAUCUUCGCAACACUUUUGAAUUAGAAGAUACAACUUCUUUCUGUCUCAUUUUGUUGAUUUGAUGCAAACACCUUUCAUAAAUCUUGGGUCAGUUUCUGGACAAAAAAAUAAAAAAAAAACUCUUAAAAGAUAAUGAUCAUAUGUCAUAGAGUGCCAUGCCGUUAAUUUAAAUGCAUGUAAUACAAUUUUGACUGCUAGAUGGAAAAAAAAAAACACAGUUACUGCAAGUCAGGAAUGUAAAUUGCUGAAUUUUACAUUCCCUGUCACAUGUAUAUAACUUCGGCAGAAAUUAAAGAGAAGGAAAGGUAAUUGGAAGGUCUUAAUGCCAUUACUGUAAUAUCAGACACUUUAACUAGGCAGUAUUACAUAGAAAUUGUCAAUUUCUGUAUUUUUAUGUGAAAAGUCUCAACUAAAUGAGAAAUACUGGCACAGUAUUGCCAAAGGCACAAAUAAUUUGAUAAGGUAGAAGAUUAACAAACAUAUUUUUGUUAAAUGUAACAAUGCCAAGAUUAACAACACAACUAAGAAACUUUGCUAACACAAAGGUCUGUAGAAAUAUUUUUUUCUUCUUUCGAAAUCUUGUACUGAUCUGUAGAACAAGGUAACACAAUCAGCUUAGGAUUUUCCACAGUCAUUGAAGUUGAUAACAGUUGACAUCUGUCAAUGUAACCUGCUGUUGACAUAAUUUAUUGAUACCAAGGAUGCUAUGAUGUUUGCUAGAUUUAUUUGCAGAUACAUGUUGAAAUUGCAAGAUGAUAAUUGGCAUUGCCAACUGUCUGUACAUUUUAGAAUUCAUUAUCUUCUACAUUACCUCGAACAUUAUGAACAUUAUGAAAUUUGGUUAAAGUAAAUAUUAGUUUUUAUGACCUUCAACUUAAAAGUUGUAAGAGUCAGUAAUUCCUUAUUAUAAUCACUGAAUAAAUUGGCAAUUAUUGUGAAAAGUUAAUACAGUUAUUCAUAUUCUAUAUCAUUGUUAAUUUUGCUAUGUUCACCAUAACUGAUUUAACAAUAGACUGUCAUAUCAGGCAGACUAAUUGCAAAUGGAAAGUCUUUGUUUACCACAUUGUGAUGUUUUGUUUAUAUAACCAAUAAACUAUUUUUCUAUUGUGCUA